CUAAUGUUUAGAAUUACUAAAAGUUAACUUUGUAUAGUUGCGGAUGUUUCAUUAUCUUUGAUAGCUUCCACAUUGGUCAUCAUUCGCAUUAACGGGAUUAUAAAAGUGAACUAGAUAUGUCUGACCAAAAUUUAGCACCAAACGAAAAGGAGUAUGUAAUUGCACAAACGUCUGAUACAUCGAACGGGACAGCAUCAAAGAGUCCAUCAAUAGGACCGUCUAUUCAGUCAGAGAUUAUUGAAACACCUCUACCUUCUAUUGAAGAUGUGGUUCUUAUCGAUCCAGAUUGCUUGGAAUUAGACCUGAAUCACCAUCGUAUUGAUAAGCUUGAAAAUUUCGAGCCACUAACACGCGUGGAGCGAAUUUGUCUUCGAUGGAAUCUUAUAAAGAAAAUAGAAAAUCUCUCCACUUUGACAACACUCUUGGAAUUAGAACUGUAUGAUAAUCAAAUCACAAAAAUUGAAAAUCUUGAAGCGCUGGUUAAUCUUGAAGAGUUAGAUUUGAGCUUCAAUCGCAUAAUGAAAAUUGAAAAUUUGGACCAGUUAAUUAAAUUGGAAAAACUGUAUUUAUGUGCGAACAAGAUUCCAGUUAUAGAAAACUUAAGCAUGCUGAGUAAUUUGACUAUGUUAGAAUUGGGUGAUAACAAAAUUCGUAAAAUCCAAAAUAUUGAAAUGCUCACAAAUCUUCGAAAGCUCUAUCUUGGCAGGAAUAAGAUCGUAAAAAUUGAAAAUCUGGACACCUUGGUCAAUUUGGAGUGCUUAAGUCUGCAAGCGAAUCGCAUAGUUAAAAUAGAAAAUUUGGAGAAAUUAGUUAAUUUAACUGAACUUUAUUUAUCUGAGAAUGGUAUUGAGACGAUUGAGAAUUUGGAUGAGAAUAGAAAACUCGAAACGUUGGAUGUUGCCAAAAAUAGAUUAAAAUCUAUUAACAACAUUGGGUAUUUGAAAGAAUUGGAAGAGUUGUGGAUGAAUGAUAAUGAGGUUUCAGACUGGAAUAAUGUUGAAAUUCUUAAAGAAAACAAACAACUUAAAACUGUUUACUUGGAACACAAUCCUGUUGCCGAAGAUAAGAUGUAUCGCUUCAAAUUACGCUCCAUUUUACCAUGGCUUGAGAAGAUAGACGCCACCCUUUGUCGAUAAAAAUUAACUUAUGGUAAUGAAAUAUGUAUGUAUGUACAUAAUGUUUGUUUGCUGCAAGACUGUUAUGACUCAAAUUAGGUUCUCAUGUAGAUAUAUAUUUUUUAUCUUAUGGCAAAUUAAUAAAGUUAUGCAAUAUACACCUAAUUAUUAGGUAAUUUUCAUAACAAGCCAUACAAAGGAAGUUGGAUCAUUUCGGCUUAUUGAUUUAUGAUGGUCUUGCUUCAAAUAAACUAUAUGUAGUUUUUUAAAUAUGGUCUUAUGCAAAAAGCAUAAAAUUUCUGAAUUGUUUUCAUUUGUAAUAAUUAAAGAAAAAACAUUGUGACUUUACCAUGUGGAUGUGUAUGUUCGUGACAGAGUUUCAGACAGAGCGGUUACACACAUACAUACACAGGUGCAUUUAUGAAAUAAAUUACUUGCUAUAUCAAAUACAUAAAUAUUUGUUAAGCUAUAAUUAACAUUUUAAUAAAACGAAUUUCACAAUGUA